AUGGGCAACAAGCAAGCUCCUGCUGGUCCAGGAGGACCUGGACAGGGCAAAAGGAAACCCGGCAGCGCGUCCUCUGGUGGCCGUAACGAUAACCCCCAGGCAGCGCGACGCGCCAAAGUCCACCUUGCGCGCAACAUUCCCGUCGAGCCCGCGCAAUCUGCCCUUAAGGAUGGCGAGCUGGACCUGCAGGCCUUUGUGGCCGCCCACGAAUUCGAAAUUCGCUCCCUUGAGCAGAGCAUGGCCACAUCCAAGGCCGUGGGGAGCUCGCGCGCCUUCCAGCAGGUUCCCCGCGGGCUGCGCCGACGCACCGCGAGCCACAACCCGCGCAGAGUACCCCGGCGGCUGCAAGCGCGGGCAAGGAAAGAAAUGGCAGACGACAACACACCCAUGGUACAACCCAGGCGACGAAAGCCGACAUCUACGCGCGCGCGACUACGAGCGGAGACGGCGAAGCGUUUGCGGCUCCUGGCAGCGAGGACACGACGGCGAAAGAUGAUUGCAAAGGGCACAAAGACGGGCGACGAGGCAGAAAAGCCCUUGACGCAAAGGCCGCGCCCUAAAAUUCGAAGAAACCAGCUAAAUGAGCCGCCCUUGCCGCCUUCGAGAUUCCGAAAGCGACAAAUACACAAGACUUGGCUGCCCACACACCUAUGGCAUGCCAAGCGCGCGAGAAUGACGCCGCCAAACAACCCGCUGUGGCGAUUCGCCAUUCCGUUGACCCCCAGCGAGAAGAUCUAUCGACCGACCCACCGGUCGCAAGGCGAACGAGGAACACUGGUUUGGGACACAAGUUAUAUGAGCACCAUUGGUCUCUACGGCCAUGAGGCUGGGCUCAGUCGCGUGUUGAAGCGACUUGGCUUCACCGACGCUGCAUACUGGAAUGGUCAAGCAAAGAAGUGGCUGGCAGGUACACGUUCAAGUUCUGCUACUAUUUUCCGGGAUCACAAUGGACGACCACGGCCAAUGUGCCCGUGCACUGUUCUCUGGAACCCUCAACCUGCCGCGCAGGAUGAGAGUAGUACGCAGCGACAGGUGUUUCUGCGCAUGCAUCCAUCUGCGUUCAAAGAAGUAUUUGACGAGCUGCUUCGACUGACGAGAAUGGAAACGCCACGCCUGUAUAUUGAAGAUCUGCGCUUUGAGAUUGGGAGCAUUGAGCUCACCGGCCCCGCGUCAACAGAAGCGCUGCUUGCAGUACUAACCCCCCAUCCUGCUGCGGAAGGAUCGGGGCUGAACCAGGGGCGGGUGUUUGAAUCUCUCCAUGGUCUUACAAACCCGUCGGCACUAGCGGCCAGCGUAACACUGGCCUUUACAAUUCAAGAUCCGCGACUCCGAUACCCACCAAGACGACUUGAGGGCUGGGAUAAUGAUCGGCUUCAAGAAAAGCUCAUGGAAAAUAUAGUGGAGUGGCCUGUUGAGCAUCAACUGGAUGGCAAUCUGCUAUUCGAUAGGAAUGCUCGGCACCAAGGCUCGGCAUUGCCCUCGCAACAGGCGAUUUGCAGGCGAAGAAGCGUGAUUACGGCAGGAGCUUUUCUCAAACCCACGAAAAGCGAUCCGCAGAUACCUGUUACUCUUUUAGCCUGCCGCUCUGCUUCCGGAACACAGACACAGGGAUCUUGGACGCUGAUGCUGCCAUGGAAGUGCGUGCUGCCAGUCUGGCACAGCCUGGUACACUACCCUCUCAUUUCUGGAGGGAACCCCCGCUUCGCAGGCGUCAACGAGUCCAUGCAAGUGGCAUUCGAGCGCGGCGUCCCCUGGUUCCCCGCAGACUAUCCUGGCACAGAUGAAGGAGCCGACUGGGAACUCACGCAGCGUGCAAAGCGCAGAAAAGACUACGACAAGCGACCAAAGAGCAAGCGGACCGAAUGGACCUCGCUUGAUCUCGGCGCGGGCCGGAAAGGAGAGCUUGGUGACGGCCUGACCUGCGAUUUUGAGCUCCUCUUUGGCCUCAAGCCGGAAAGCAGAGAGCCCAACGUCGCAGAAGCUCCUCCCGGCGACGCAAUGCAGGGCGUUGAAACGACGGCAGCUCCGGGCGUCUCGAAUUUGAACCAACUCAAGCUGUUGAACCAGGUCUCUAAAGGAGAUCUGCAGUCUCAGCUCGACGCGACACCGACUCAAGCGCUACCGGCAAAUGCCAUUACGAGCGUGCGCAUCAUGAUUGCCGGCCGCGGGGUGGUCACGAGCUGCGCCCGCAUCUACCGCCUGCCGAAGCCAUGCGCUGCAGCUCCCGACUCGUCCAAUAUCGAAGUGCCAUCUACCGUUCCUCACGGCGCCUCUCUAGAACCGCACGGCCUGCCCUUUAACCUGCGCGCGCAAUGGCUCGUCAAGCUUUCCACAGAAAAAGCGCCGUUCAAGGCGAUGCCAAAGGGGCCCAAUGCCCUCGAUAUGGACCAUCGAAAGCGCCGGCUCGCGCAGACGCUAACGGCACCGCCUGCGCAGUAUCCGCCUCCGCCGACAAACCACGACGGUAUUGGCGGCCACCACCCUCUUGUCCCCGACGCCGAUGACCUGAUUGGAUUUGUCACGUCGGGCUCCUACAACAUGGCGCAUGGGCGAGGCACUGCCGUCGGCGCCAUUGCUGUCGAAAAGGUGCUCGCGGAUCUGCGCACGACGCCCAAAGAGGCAAAGCUGUGCAUUGUGCGGAAUGCGGGCGAAAAUGUCGGCUGGCUGGCGCGGUGGGAGCAUGUAUAA